AUGGCUUCUUCAAGGUUGCUGAGCGAGAAGGUGGCUGCAAUAACGGGGGGAUUGACAGGCAUAGGACGUGUAUGGAGACCCUCUGCUCUGUCUGCUCGAGGCACUGAUGCUGACCAGUGGUGGUUGUAUGCAUGUUCAUCCCUCUAUUCCGAGGGCGCCUAUGUAGCUGUCAACCAUCUCGGGCUGGACAAUGAGCAGGAAUUGAUAUCAACGCUGAAGCAAGAGGCUGCCGAUAUUCUUGCUUCUGAAAACAAGGUGGUCUCAUCUAGUCGAAGGCUCAUCACUGUCGCCGGAGAUGUUUCGUUGCCAGAGACGGGGACUGAUUUUAUCAGAGCGACAGUAUCGGCCUUUGGUCGACUGGAUAUUUUCGUCAGCAAUGCUGGAAUAUGCGAGUUUAAAGAAUUUUUAGAGAUAUCGCCUACGCUGUUUGACAGAACUACAUCUGUCAAUCUAGGUGGUGCAUUCUACGUCACCCAAGCAGCUGCUCGGCAAAUGGCACUAUCUCAGUCUCCUCCGGGAGGGUCAAUAAUCGGAGUUUCAUCCAUAUCUGCCCUUGUCGGUGGUGGCCUUCAAGCCCAUUAUACCCCUACCAAGGCUGGUGUCUUGUCAUUAAUGCAAUCCUCCGCCGUAUCUCUGGGGAAAUAUGGAAUCAGAUGCAAUGCUUUACUGCCCGGAACAAUACGCACGGGACUCAACGAGGAGGACUUGAAGGAUGACAAGAAAAGAACGUACAUGGAGGGUAGAGUGCCUCUUGGUCGUCUAGGUGAACCCAAGGAUUUAGCUGGCCCUGCUGUGUUCCUAGCCUGCAAUGAACUGAGCGGUUAUGUGACGGGUGCGCAGCUUCUAGUUGAUGGAGGAAUGUUUGUGAAUCUUCAAUAA